AUGAAUGUACCCAGAUAUAGAAAAAGCUCAAUUCCAAUAACCAAUCCAUUUGGAAACAAAUUUGAGGGACAUGUAGAAUUUCCUCCAAAUACAACCAAAUUCAAAUCCGUCGAAGGAACCAAUUCUAUCUCAUCUAACAAUGAAAAUCUCAGUUUCAAUGAAUAUGCCUCAGCAAUACAACAAGGGCUACACAUAGACAAAUUUGACCAAUCAAAACUCAAUAAUCUUGGUUAUGAUGAACGUUUCGAGUCAUAUUCAUUGUCAAAUAAUCCAUCUGCUAGAGACCUCCCAGGGAUGAAGGCUGAAUUUGAUAAUCACCAUCAAUAUGAUUAUCAAAAUUCUAUACCAAAUCAUUACAAUAAUUAUGGAAAUAUAUAUAAACAAAUGACGCCACAAAUUGUGCCUAUGGUUGAUCCCAGAGCCAGCUACAUAAACCCUACCAAUCUACUAUCCUCUCUUUUUUCCCCUCCCCCUGUAGCACAAGUAUAUAAUGGUGAAUGUGAUAGGACAUUACUAGAAGAAUUGGGGAUCGAUUUCAACGAUGUGUACAAUAUGCUUAAGAGUGUCAUUUUAUUUAAAAAAAUGGAUCGCAAUACAUUGAAUGAAGCUGAUAUUUUCGGGCCUAUUUGUAUAUUAAUUCUCUUCGGUAUUAGUCUUAUGCUCAGCGGAAGAUUAACCUUCAGCUUGCUAUAUGCCAUUGAAGUUUUCGGCAGCAUAUGCGUCUACAUCAUCCUAAAUUGUUUAAGCCAAGAUGUAUACAUUGAUCUCUAUACUACAAUCUUUAUUCUUGGCUAUUCUACUUUACCAAUUGUACCAUUGCCCAUAUUGUAUAAUACACUGGGCCGUGUAUGGAUUGGCCUGGGAAUAGCUUCAUUUCUGACUUGUUUAUGCUGGAGCACUGCAAUCGCAUCUAUUUUUUUUGAAACAGUUUUGUACAUGAACAAUAAGAGAUAUAUGAUUGCAUAUCCAACACUGUUGUUCUUUACCUACUUUUCUUUUGUCGCAAUUUUGUGA